CAACAAAUUAUCACCGGAGAAAUUUGAUAAGUUGAGUUUGGAACUUCUCAAUGUAGGCAUUGAAUCACAAGUGAUCCUCAAAGGAAUCAUUCUCUUGAUCUUUGAAAAGGCUCUUGACGAGCCGAAAUACAGUUCUGUUUAUGCUAAAUUAUGUCACAUGCUAUGUGAAGAUUCACCAAAUUUCGAACCUGCAGACUCCAGUAUCACUACAUUUCGCAGACUUCUUCUGAACAAGUGCCAAGAUGAAUUUGAAAACAGGUCGAAGGCAACAAAUGCCUUUGACAAGGAUGUCUCACUUUCUGAAGAUGAACUGGAACAGUACCAUAUCGCCAAAAGAAAAAUGCUUGGCAACAUCAAGUUCAUUGGUGAACUUGGGAAGCUUGAGAUGCUGCAUGAGGGCAUCUUGCAUCGGUGCAUCAAGCAGCUGUUGGAGAAGAAGAAGAACCUGCCCAUUACAGAGUCAGCCGAGGACCUUGAAUGCCUCUGCCAGAUAAUGACCACAGUUGGACGACGCCUUGACACGGCCAGAGCCAAGGCAUGGAUGGAUCAAUAUUUUAGUAGAAUCAAACAUUUUGCUGGAAUUCAAGAAUUGCCUUCAAGAAUUAGGUUUAUGUUGCAAGAUGUCAUAGAAGUUAGAGAAAAAAAGUGGAACAAUAGACGGAGUUUAUGGGAUCAUGGUCCUAAGACUAUUACACAGAUAAGGCAGGAAGCAGCUGAUGAAACUGGUGUGUACAUUCCUCAGCAGAACAGAAUGGGUGGUCCCCGCCCCCCUGGAGCAAUGAAUGGCAGUCUUGGGGCGCCUUGGAAGCCUGGACUUCCCCCACAGGGCAGCUCUGGAGCCUUUGGUGACUUCUUUGGCAUGCCGUCAUCAGGCAUAGGUGGUUUAGGUACAGGUCCAGGAGUGAUUCAGGGAGGGCUGGGUACAGGUCCUGGGGUCAUACAGCUGGAUGGAUACGUUCCCAGCUACAACAACAAACCCAGAAACAACCAGCAAAACACAGGUUUUAAUAACUACCAGAACAACUAUCAGAACAAUUACCAGAAGCGGGCGUCUCCCCAGGAGGGUGGCGGGGGAUCUGGUUCCCCGCGCUCACAGAGACACAAUUUCCAAAACCAGCAGAACCAGCAGGGCACCGGCCGCCUCUCCCCACAGGCUAGCCAGCCUCAGCAGGCCAACAACCAGUUCCAGCAAAAAAAGCCUAGCAAUUUGCCUCCGAGGUUGGCAAAGCUUCAGCAACAGCAGAUGGCAGCAGCGGCAGGAGGUUCUAAUGUAGGGGCCCCGACACAGGGCUCCCCAGUAGCCCCCCUGCCCCCUUCCCAGCAGCAGGCUAUGAUGAUGAUGCAGGAUGGACAAAUGCCCAUACCCCUUCCAAAUAUCAGUGUACCCCCGCCACCUCUUCAGCUGAAAGAGGAAAUCAGUCUCAGGCCUAACAGGAACUUCACGACAGCUCUGCGCCCGAGUGUGCCCACAAUGUUGCCCAAGUCAGCCCAGGCCUCUCCCUCAAACCACCCUCCACUGAUGAACCUGGCAAUGGAGCAGCGGAUCAACGCACUCAACCCUCUCCUCGCUAAACAGGCUGCGGUGACCAUCAAGGAGGUUCCGAAGGAAAAGUUGAACCCAGUAAAGAAAAAGUCCCAGCAACCAAGCAAAGAGGAAAUAUUAAAGACUGUGUCAAAUGCUGUGUCAGAGUACCUGGAAGGAGGAGCUGUUGACGAGGCAGUGGCUAUUGUAAAGGAGGCCAAUGCUCCCAAAAAGUUUAUGGCGGAGAUUCUGUCCUCUAUGAUAAAGAGCACCAUAGAUAAGUCUGACACAGACAGGGAAAACGUGAUGAAGCUUGUCCUAACCAUGAAGUCAGAGAAUCUCAUCACAUCACAACACUUCAUGGAUGGUUACAAGGGUGUUCUUGAGAAGAUGACAGACCUGGAGGCGAAUGUGCCUCUGAUAAAGACGUACGUGGCUGGAUUUGGAGCGUUCGCAGUCACGGAGAGUGUAGUGAGCCUGCAGGAGUUAGCAGAGCCUAUGGAGCAAGGCACAUACUACCCACUGUUUCUCAUUUGCCUCCAACAUAUGAUGAAACGCAAGGAUAAGGAAUGGCUCGUUAAUGUCUUCAAUGAGAGCAAGAUGGACCUGCAAACUAUGCUGCCUGAGGUUGACCGUAGCAAGGAGCGUAUGAUGGAGAUACUGGAGGAGCGAGGUCUCAGUUUCAUGUUCCCACUGCUGCGUGUACAGACAGAGAUCUCAAAGCAGUUUCAGGCUGACCCAUCCUCCACUGCCCUGCAAGCCUGGAUCUCGGACAAAGUCAGCACAGACCUCCACCACACCACAGGAUUUAUCAAUGUGCUAACCACCAGUGUUCUGCGAUAUGUGACAGGGGAGACAACACUGGCUGCCGAUGUGGACAAGGGAAGUAACCCCAGUAAGGCCGUGCAGGAGCAGGAGAAACAGCUCCUCAAUACGUUGAAGGAUGUGCUACAGAAGUAUGUAACAGACAAUCCCAAACUACAGAUGCACUGUCUGUAUGCAGCUCAAGUCUUCUGUUACAACACCUCUUUCCCUAAAGGCAUGCUGUUGAGGAUAUUUAUGAACCUGUAUGACAUGGAGAUUGUGGAGGAGGAGAUUUUCCUCAAGUGGAAAGAGGAGGUCAAUGAUGAAUACCCCGGGCAAGGGAAAGGCACUCUUCCAGGUGAACCAGUGGCUAACCUGGCUUGAGCAGGCCGAUGAGGAAUCAGAGGAGGACGAAGAGUAAAUUCCUGUCAUGUGACCUAUGAGGCCCACCACACAGGAAGUGGGCAGGAGCGGCGCAGAAUAUUGGAAAAGUUAAUCAUGAAAAGAUUAAAUUGAAAGUUUGUUUUAAGUAAUUAGGUCUUUAAAAUAUAUUGUUUGAGCCAGUGAGCCAAAAAGAUGGGGGAAAACAAAGCUUAAUCAUGGAAAAGUGUCAUGUGAAAUGGAUAUAAUUUAUAUUGCAUGUGUUUUAUGAAAAGUGAAAAAGCAAACAAAAAAAGUUUUAUAUUGUAGAUCUGUGCAGAAACUGUAACAUUAUUUUUAACUUUGCAUGUUGUUAUUUUGCUAUCUGAAAAAGUAAUUGUGAAUAUUAACUAUAGUGACGACUUUCUUGUUCGUGAACAGUUAAAAUUGAACUUGUUUAAAAAAUGAAAUAUAAUCAAAAGUAUGUGAAAUUCCUUAUAAAAUGUGAACUGACGAAUAGGAGAUGGUGAACUCUUCAUAUUGGAAAAAUAAACAAACCUUUUAACGAGGGAUUGGAUAUAACCCAAGGGAAAUUGUGACUUGGACUAGUGAAUAAUCAUUCUUGAACUCAUCGUUCCAUCAGUAUAAUGAAUUACGUUUUACGUUUCAUUUUCAAGCAUGUAGAGAGAACAAAAACUGGAAAUGUAUAGAUCAGUUGCAAUAUUUAUUAUGUACUGCGGCACUUGUACUUUCUGCAUGCUUGAUAUGAAUGUUUCAUAUAUAUGCAUUGUGUGUGUAUCAUUAUUUUGUAACCUUAAAAAUUAUACUAUUAUUUGUAGUGUAGAAGAACAUAUUGAGUGACAAGUUGGAUGUGAAGUCAAUUCAAAAUUUGUAUUUCAUGACAGAGUGAACUGUACCCAACCAUACCAUGUAGAAGAUAUUUAUUCCUCAGAAGAGCAUUAAUCACCGUAAAACUAGUACUGCCUUUUUGAAGAUAUUGCAUUGUUUUAUUUUAUAUAAUAAGUGCAUUUAGCUCAUUAGUCCAAAAUAUACCCUAGAAGUCCUGCUUUUAGUUGUACUUGCUAUUCAAUAGUAAAAGUUUCAUAUCCUUAUCAGUUUGAAAAAAACAAACUGCCAUUUAAAUAUGGGUAUUUCAGAUGUUUUCCUUAUUUGAUUCAUUGUACAUGCCAACAUAGAUUAUAUAUAUUUGACAAGUUUUAUUGUACAUACAAGCGUUAUGAGUUGAAAUGCAUUGAUUCUUUGAAGCUGAUUUAGAAUGAAAUUAUGUAAUCAGGAUUGAGUAGUGUUUAACUUCAUCAUCUUUAGAUAGUAAUUUACUGUUUUAUAAUCUUUAUAUUACUCUGUCAUCAUUCAUCAUUUACUGUCUGAAACCUGUUGCUGAGCUUUCUACAGAAAUACCAGUGUUCAAGGACACGAAAUCAGCUGAAAGGGUUGUGUAUUUGCUUAUUUUCCAAUGUAAAUGUUAUAAAAGCUUCCGGAAAGCAUUGUAUGUAAACAAGAAGUUGUAAAUUGUCUUCAUGUUUGAAUAAAAUCAUAUUUUCAUCACU